CAGGUGUUGGAAACUCAGAAGCGAAGACCAGGAGACUCUCUGGUAUCUCCAGCAGGCUUCUUUAUUGAGAACGUGCUGUGUGGUGCUGCAGUCAUCAAAAGUCUAACUAAGGCAGCCAUUAUCCAUACUGACCUUACACCCAGGGUUAAACAGAAGUGAGAAAACAUACCCCAAAACAGGCAAACAGACCUAAUUUACAUCAAAUGGUCCAAAGCCUUGUGAGCACCAGCUUGCCUAGACCUUGUAGAUAACAUUAUCUCCAGAUGUUUUAAGCAGCACCUGGUCAUGAGAACUAGAGACAUGUAAACAUUCACACAUAGUUUGAAUCUCAGUAGGAAGAUCAGAGACUGCAGAACCCCCUCACUGGAAACUUAUACCUUAAACUUCCUGUAGCUUUUGGACCAUUGUUUUACAUUGAAACUCAACUCUGUAUGAUUAAAACACCUAAUAAAACCACCCCAGUAACAGUGGGACUAAUAAUGCAUUGUAUUUGUGACCCUGUGUAUCUCAUCACACAUGGUCAAUUCUUGCUUGUGAAUCCCUCAAAACAUAUUUACAAACUCAAGCAACACUGCUAAAUAACUCAGUGUCGGACACUGUAUGUCACUCUUUCAGUGUGAUUAAUGUGAUAUUCAGUCAGUGGUGAUGGUGGGAGGAGCCUGUAAAGCUGCUCAUUACUGAUAACGACCUGAAUAAAGAGGAAGUAACUAAAGCAGACAGAUGUAGAGACAGAGAGAUUCACACAGAGAUCAUUCAGCAUAAAGAAGACUGAACUCAAGUCACAAUGAAGAUCCUCCUCAUCUUCUUCACUUUCUACCUGAUCUCAGAUGCAGUGAGAUGCUUUAGCGUCACUGGAUAUUCUGGAGGAAGCGUGCUUGUUGAUUCUGGGAAACUUUGGUUUAGUGCAAAUGUUAAAUAUAUGGCCAAAUUACCUGAGUGGAGAACAAUAAUAAAUGAUAAGAAACACGACAAAUGGAUAAAUGAUGGAAAAUUCACACUGUUUCGAAACAAAAAGGGAAACCUCAUGAUCUUCAUCAGAGAUUUGAAUGAACAUGAUGCUGGAGGAUACUGGAUUGGUGUUCUUUAUGAGUGGGGUUUAGAUAUGACUUUAUAUGUGGAAGACGAUUUAUAUUGUAAAGUGUCAAAGGGAGAGAUGGUGAAUAUUGGAGAAACUGCCAAUUUCAGCUGUGAAUAUUCACAAAAUCAUAUUAAUGAUGUCAAGAUCAUACUCAAAGAAGGAAAAGACUCAAUUGAGAUGAUUUACAGCAGAUGGAAGAAGAAAGAAAGAUUCAGUAUUUCUGAUGACAAACAGAAAAAUGUCUUUCAUGUGAGGAUUACUGCUGUGACACCAGAUGAUGGAGGAGUUUAUUUGUGUGGAGUUUGGAUCAACAGACACUCGUACAAUUACUCCAUUAUUAAUACUGUUCAUCUGCAUAUUAAUAUGCCUCCAGUAGUGAGACAUGAAGGAGAAUCUGCUGAGAUCAUCUGUCCUUAUGAUUCAAUCUAUAAAUCAAACACAAAGUCUCUCUGUAAGGGGAAGUGCUCCACUAGAGACAGAAAUCCUCUCAGUGAGACUGUGAGAGAAGAGAAAGAGACCAAGACUGACAGACUGACUCUGAAAGAUAACGUCACUGCAAGUGUCUUCACUGGGACCAUCACUGGACUGACAGCAGAGGAUGCUGGGAAAUACUGGUGUGCAGUGACAUUAGAAACAGACCUCAAUUAUCUUUACACUCAUCUGAUGGUCAUCAUGAACGAGGAGCUGAACUUGACUAAGUAUGAAGGAGACGACGUGUCAAUCCAGUGCAAACAUCAUGAUGAAGAUCAGAAAAGCUUCUGCAAAGCACAUGAAGCCUCCAUGUGUGUGAAGGAUGGGGUUUCAUUGGAGACGAUCAGAGAUGAUCGAUUCUCUUUCAGUGAUGAAGCAUCUACUGGAGUCUUUACUGUGAACAUCACUGAUCUGAGAGAAGAGGAUUCUGGGAUAUACUGGUGUGGAGCCCACGUCAUCACUAGUGUGAACCUCAAUGUUAAAACAGAUUUCACCUUGAUGAACAUGAUUUGUGCUUCUUCAGCUCUAAUGCUGAUUGGUGGAUUCUCUCUGAUUAUGUGUAAACUUAAGAAACCUAGAUUUCUAUUGUGUUAUAUAAAGUAAAUAAUAAUCACUACUGACUAACCCAAUCCUUAAAAUAAAGGCCAAAACAUUUUUUUGUGAAAUGAGGGCAACCUAAAAUCUCUUCAAAGGGAAGUUUGUCUCAGGUGUGUUGUGAAUGUAGGGACAGAUGAGACUGGUGACUGAGUAAAUUAUUGUGUAUCAUCAGUUUAAUUCUCCACAUUCAGACUCUAAUCCUGGAGUAGAUCCAAUUUUCAUCCUCUGACAAGACUCUCUACACCACCCAGAAAACAUGAAGUUUUCAGAAGUGUGAUGACUGUCAUGCAUGAUGAUACACUCAUCUCUUGAUGAUACACUCAUCUCACAGCUUACAGACCGUUGUGUUUGAAUUUUUAAAAAUAUUUUAUAUAACACACAAUUUAUGUUUAAUUAACAUGGUUUCAAUCAAAUUUGUCAAUAAUUUCAGAAAGAAUAAUAAAUAAAAUCCUCUAGUAGUUUAAGUAAAUGGCCCUCAAGGUUUGUGCUUAAAUGCUGUUGUACAGUGACUGUGUGUUAAAGAUCAACCAACAUGCUCUCCAGCUUUGCGGUUUUCUUUGCUGUUCUUUGUGUCAUAACCAAGAAGCCCUUCAGCCACGUGAAGGUGUGAUAAAAACAGGAAACAGUUUCUUUAGUGCCAAUGGACAGAGAAGUUUCCAUUCCACAAAAAACAAACAAAAACAUGUUUUAUUGUAUAUAAAUAUAAUAUAGUUCAGCUGCAAUUCUUUCUACAAAACCUUAAUUCUAAGCAUAUUUACUAGAAGCCACGAUGAAUGUGUAACUUUAUCGCAUUUUUAUUGCAUUAUAGGGAAGUAGGUAUAUGCUCAAAACUAUUAUUUUAUGUAAAUCAUAUUAACAGCAGUCAUACACAAGUAUGCAUUAUAAAAUAUCUGCUUUCUUUUCAAAUGCUAUGCCAACACCACUGCUUGGAUGGUGGCAGUUGUUAUUAUAGAACAUAUUGCAUAUUCAAAUUUGCCACAAAGACAAUAUACACGAGGGCCAUGAGGUUUAACGCCAGUUUCGACUAAUCCCUUUUGUCCUUAUAUGGCGAUGAACGCUGCACGUCCGUUUGAAUGAAAACAAAAUUUGCGGGUGAAUCAGAAUUUGAACAGUCAGAGCAGAGAGGAAGAUUUUCCAUGAGUAUUAACUUACACUCAGACCUGUUCUUGACACAAAGGUAGUUUGAAGCCUUGUGAAGACUUGCAAUACAGAUCAUGAAGCAUAUUAACAAUUUUAUGGUAUUUUCUUUAAGUGCACCUAUUAUGCCCCUUUUUACAAUAUGUAAUAUAAGUCUCAGGUGUCCCCAGAAUGUGUCUGUUAAAUUUCAGCUCAAAAUACCCCACAGAUCAUGUAUUAUAUCAUUUUGAAAAUGCCUAUUUUGAGUGGAAGCAGAAACAUUAUAGCAUGUCUCUUUAAAUGCAAAUGAGCUGCUCCUCCCUGCCCUCUUUUACAGAGUAGAGAAAGUGCCUUUACAGCGCGUAACAGCAAAAAAAAACAACAACAUCUGUUUGAUUUUGAUUAUCAUGUCUAUCGCGUGUGCAGCACACUCAGGACAGUGUCUCAACUAGAAUACGGCAGUAUCAAAUCAACAGUCGUGGGUGGGGCUGGUAAACUGUGAUGUCACACUUUACGGAUUCUGUGAUCGGCUUGCUCUGAGACGCUGCUAAUGAUAUAUGGAGAUUAAAAAAAAAGGAGCAGUUGGAUUUUUAUCAUUAUAGGGUGAUUGUGUACACGCACUACCAACACACAUUUAUGUCCUAACAACAUGUGAAAGUGAAUUUCGCAUAAUAGCACGCUACAACUCUAUAUUAUGCUGAUUGAGGCUGCCAAAUAUGGACGAGAUUCCAGUAAGAGAAUCAUGGAUUGGAGAAGAGAUUCUUCAAAAAGAUGCAUUUAUUGAACAGUCUUUAGGUUGUCAUCUGCACCAGUUAUUCUUUUACAAUGAUAUCUGUAUUAAUGGUCUAAAGGAACAAUAAAUAAAUAUAAUUACAACCAUAUUCUGAGAACCAUUUACGCACUGGCAUGAUAAUCAAACAUAUGCAAAUAAACAAUGAUGCAUCCUUAAUAUUAAUAGCAGCCUAAUCAAUGCAAAUAGGCAUGAUAUAGUUGUGCAAUGAUGCAUUAUUAGAUUGGAAAUUAUAACUCUGUAAUAAAUACAAAUGACAAAGGCAAAUUUUGAUCAAGUUGUUUAUUUUCAUUGAG